AUGGAGUGGAAAACCCUUCAAAUUGGAGAUGAACUGCUCUGGCGACUGAGAAAAAUGGAGGACGUCGACCGGAGACGAAUGCAGAGAACUGCAACCAGAGCCACGUCUGGACUCUCUUUUUUCAUUUUAAUUUGCUUCUUCUUCCUCUGUCUCGCUCAACCUCCGCCGCCGCCCCCCGCCGGACAUGGCUACCGGAUCAGAUCGGUGCAACUUCAUCCCACCGGAAAGUCGUUGACCGCCGAUCUCGCCCUCAUCGGAACUUCUUCCUCCGUUUAUGGACCCGAUCUUCCCACACUCACCCUCCAAGCCAGUUUCGAGACGAAAGACCGGCUGAGAAUACGAAUAACAGACUCAGCSCGCGAAAGAUGGGAGAUUCCGGACAACAUAAUUCCCCGCCGAUCCAACUCCCGAUUCCGUUCCCUGCCGGAGAGCCACGUCGACUCGCCGGCGACCGCUUUCAUCUCCGAUCCCGCUUCCGACCUCGCUUUCAGCCUCCGCAACACCACGCCUUUCGGUUUUUCCGUGCUUCGACGGUCGUCCGGCGAUGUCCUCUUCGACACGGCUCCGGAUUUGUCAGAUCCGGGGACUUUUCUCGUCUUCAAGGAUCAAUACAUUCAACUCUCCUCCUUGCUUCCCAACGAUAGAUCCUCUCUGUUCGGCAUUGGCGAGCAAACCAGGGAAUCGUUCAAGCUCGUGUCGAAUAAAAGCAAAACCCUAACGCUUUGGAACGCCGAUAUCGGCAGGGCCAUCGUUGAUGUGAACCUAUACGGUUCGCAUCCUUUCUACAUUGACGUCCGGUCGCCGUCUCGCGAUGGWAAAGUAGUGGCGGGGACGACGCACGGAGUUCUGUUGCUGAACAGUAAUGGCAUGGAUAUUAUAUACUCUGGCGAUAGGAUUACGUACAAGGUUAUCGGUGGAGUCAUCGAUUUGUACUUCUUUGCGGGUCCGUCGCCAGUAUCGGUGAUAGAUCAGUAUACUGAGCUUAUUGGGCGGCCUGCACCCGUGCCUUACUGGUCAUUUGGAUUUCACCAAUGUCGUUAUGGCUACAAGAAUGUUUCUGACGUUGAGAAUGUUGUUGCUCGUUAUGCCAAAGCCGGUAUUCCUCUUGAAGUUAUGUGGACAGACAUUGAUUACAUGGAUGGGUAUAAGGAUUUUACUUUUGAUCCCAUCAAUUUUCCAGCGGAGAAGAUGAAGAUAUUUGUUGAUAAUCUUCACCAAAAUGGACAAAAAUAUGUGGCCAUCUUGGAUCCCGGUAUCAGUAUAAAUAAGACAUAUGGAACAUUCAUUCGAGGAACAAAAGCUGACAUCUUUAUAAAAUACAAUGGGGUCCCAUACUCAGGCGAGGUUUGGUCUGGACCUGUUUACUUCCCUGAUUUUGUUCAUCCAAACAGUGAGAUAUUUUGGGGUGGCGAGAUUAAAUUAUUUCGAGAUAUUGUUCCAUUUGAUGGUCUUUGGAUUGAUAUGAAUGAGAUAUCAAAUGCUAUAACUUCUUCUACAAGCCCACUUUCUAACCUUGAUAACCCUCCUUACAAGAUUAACAAUGCUGCAGUACUACGUCCCAUUAACAAUAAUACUGUGCCAGCAUCAAGUCUUCAUUUUGGUAACUUGACAGAGUAUAAUACUCAUAACUUAUAUGGUCUCCUAGAGUCAAGGGCUACUCAUGCCUCUUUAGUGAAAGUAACGGGCAAAAGACCUUUUGUUGUGUCAAGAUCAACUUUUGUAGGCUCUGGGAAGUACACGGCACAUUGGACUGGAGAUAAUGAUGCAACAUGGAAUGAUUUAGGAUACACAAUCCCAUCCAUUUUGAACUUUGGGCUCUUUGGAAUUCCAAUGGUUGGUUCUGACAUCUGUGGAUUUGCUGGAGACACGACCGAAGAACUUUGUCGACGUUGGAUUCAGUUAGGUGCAUUUUACCCUUUUGCCAGAGGUCAUUCUGAUAAAUUCUACAUUCGUCGAGAGCUCUAUCUUUGGGAUUCAGUCGCUGCAACAGCCAGGAAGGUCCUUGCACUUCGUUAUCGCCUACUUCCUUACUUCUACACUUUGAUGUAUGAGGCACAUAGAAAGGGAACACCCAUUGCACGUCCUCUCUUCUUCUCAUUCCCUCAGGAUAUCAAGACCUAUGAAAUCAGCUCCCAGUUUCUACUUGGCAAAGGUGUAUUGAUUUCCCCAGUUUUGAAGGAGGGAGCUCUUUCUGUUGAUGCAUAUUUCCCGGAAGGAAACUGGUUUAGCCUCUUCAAUUAUUCGGAGUCGGUGAGUGUAAAGUCAGGGCAGCAAGUCACUCUUGAUGCACCUGCUGAUCAUAUAAACGUCCAUGUCAGGGAAGGAAAUAUUUUAGUAUUACAUGGGGAUGCGAUGACAACACGAGCAGCUCGAGGAACCGCCUUCAAGCUUUUGGUAGUCGUCAGCAAUGGUCAGAGCAGCGAUGGAGAGGUUUUCUUGGAUGAUGGAGGAGUGGUGGAAAUGGGAGAAGAGGGAGGGAAUUGGAGCCUGGUAAGAUUUCAUAGUGAAGCAGUUGGGAGUAAGUUACUGAUCAAAUCUGAGGUUGUAAAUGGAGGAUUUGCUUUGACCCAAAAACUGAUAAUUGACAAGGUGACCUUUAUAGGGUUUGAAAGGCAUGAGAAAAUGGGUGGGUUUGGUUUAAAGAUAAGCAAAGGAGCAAACUUGAAUGGAAACUCAGCCAUCAAAAAGACGUAUGAGUACUCUGGCAAGUUUGUUAAUGUUGAAAUCUCGGCACUGUCAAUUCCUAUUUGGGAAGAAUUCAAAUUGGAGUUGACAUUUUAAUAUUGCUCCAAGUGAUAUGUGGUGACAUUAUGGCAUAUUCAUCUGUAAUAUGUUAUCUUAAUCAAAGUGAAAAAUAAAAAAGUUAUCUCCUCAA